GUGGGGAGUUUAGGGCAGAUGAGAGGAGAGGGAUUUAUGUGGAGGAGCUGUGAGAGUCCUUAAGUCCUGUCCCUGGUUGUGAUUGGAGGAAAGAGCUCAAACAUCCUGGUAGAUGGACAGGGAGGGACUCUGAGGACCUUGAGGACCCUCCAGAAGGGUUGGAGGAAGCCGGAAGACUUGGAGCUAUAAUGUCUCUUCCUGCCCAUCAAAUCGUCCUCCCUUACUGGGGAAUUUCGGGUUCUCUUCUUCUCCCUGAGAGCUCAGAUCGCUUUGUUUUCUGGAAGCCACAACCGUGUGUACAGCUCCCAGAAGAACCUGGAGCCAGAGGGAAUGGGCCCUGGGAGCCUCAGACCUCCUCAGGAGGGGAUGACAUUCAGGGAUGUGGCUGUGGACUUUACCCAGGAGGAGUGGGGCCUCUUGGACCCUCCUCAGAAGGAGAUGUAUAAGGAGGUCAUGUUGGAGAAUGCUUGGAACCUGCUGUCCCUGGGGCUUCCAGUUCCCAGAGAAGAUGUGAUCUCUUAUUUUGAGCAAAGGGAAGUACCCUGGAUGCUGCACCCAGAUGGCCUAAGGAGCUGCCCUCCAGAAAGAGAGAUCAGGCUUGAAAUGAAGGAAUGUACUACAGAGCAAAGCCUUUCUGUGGUAGAAACUCUCAAACCAAGAUUCAUCAGUGAUGGUCCUGCUAACUUCACUUGGCAAGAGAUCUGUGAUGAAUCUGAGAAGAUCCACAUUGGAGAGAAAUAUAAUGACCAUAACCAAAGUGGAAAGGCUUUCCUAGAAAGUGAAGCUCUUAUUAGACAUUUACAGAGAAUUUACACUGGAAAGAAACAUUAUGAAAGUAAACAAUGUGGAAAGGCUUUUGAAGAAAGGGGAGCUCUUAUUACACAUCAGAGAAUCCAUAGUGGAGAUAAACCUUAUGAAUGUAACAAAUGUGGAAAGGCUUUUAGAAAACAGGGGUUUCUUAUUAGACAUCAAAGAAUCCACACUGGGGAAAAACCUUAUGAAUGUAAGCAAUGUGGAAACGCUUUUAUGGAAAGGGGAGCUCUUACUAAACAUGAGAGAGUCCAGACUGCACAGAAACUUUAUAAAUGUAACCAAUGUGGAAAGCCUUUCAAAUAUAAGCAGAUUCUUCUUCUACAUGAGAGAAUCCACACUGGAGAGAAACCUUAUAAAUGUAACCAGUGUGGAAAGACUUUUAGACAAAAGGGAGCUCUUACUGUACAUCAGAGAAUCCACACUGGAGAGAAACCUUAUGAAUGUAACCUAUGUGGAAAGACUUUCAAAUAUAAACAGAUUCUUCCUCUACAUGAGAGAAUCCACACUGGAGAGAAACCUUAUAAAUGUAACCAGUGUGGAAAAACUUUUACACAAAAGGGAACUCUUAUUGUGCAUCAGAGGAUCCACACUGGAGAGAAACCUUAUGAGUGCAAUAAAUGUGGAAAGGCUUUUAGAAAACGGGGAGAUCUUACUGGACAUCAGAGGAUCCACACUGGAGAGAAACCUUAUGAGUGUAACCAAUGUGGAAAGACUUUCAAAUAUAAGCAUAGUCUUCCUUUACAUGAGAGGAUCCACACUGGAGAGAAGCCUUAUAAAUGUAACCAGUGUGGAAAGGCUUUUAGAAAAAAGGAAACUCUUAUUGUACAUCAGAGAAUCCACACUGAAGAAAAACCUUAUAAAUGUAACCAGUGUGGAAAGACUUUUAGACAAAAGGGAGGUCUUAGUGUACAUGAGAGAAUCCACAUAGGAGAGAAACCUUAUGAAUAUAACCUAUGUGGAAAAGUCUUUGCAGGAAGUGAAGGUUUUACUGGACAUCAGAGCAUCCACAUUGGAGAGAAACCUUAUGAAUGUAACCAGUGUGAAAAAACUUUUCUUUAUAAGUCUAGUCUUUCUAUGCAUCAGAGAAUCCACACUGGAGAGAAUCCUUAUGAAUGCAACCAGUGUGGAAAGGCUUUUAGAAAAAGGAAUUAUCUUACUAUACAUCAGAGAAUCCACACUGGAGAGAAUCCUUAUGAAUGUGACCAGUGUGGAAAGACUUUCAGCAAUAAAGGAUAUUUUAUUAUACAUCAGAGAAUCCACACUGGUGAGAAACCUUAUGAAUGUGACCAGUGUGGAAAGACUUUCAGUUAUAAGAAAGUUCUUACUGAACAUCAAAGAAUCCAUACUGGGGCAAAACCUUAUAAAUGUAACCAAUGUGGAAAGGCUUUUAGAAAAAGGGGAGGUCUUAUUGUACAUCAGAGAAUCCACACUGGGGAGAAGCCUUAUAAAUGUACCCAGUGUGGAAAGGCUUUUGCAGAAAGGGGAACUCUUACUCGACAUCAGAGAAUCCACACUGGAGAGAAACCUUAUGAGUGCAAGCAGUGUGGACAGGCUUUUAUGAGAAAGGAAUCUCUUACUGUUCAUCAAAGAAUCCACACUGGAGAAAAACCUUAUAAAAUUAACCAAUAUGGAAAGGCUUUUGCAAAAAGGGGAGUUCUUACUAUUAUGUAAUAUUAACUUUUGAGGAUCCAUUUUGUAACCUGCAACUUUACUUAAGUUAUUGGUCGGGUUUGAGUUCUUCUUUACCUGUCUUUAUUCUUUAAUUCCUUUCUUUUGUCUUACUGCUAUUGCUAGUAUUUUUAGAAAAGUAGGGUGAGUAAUCAUCAUGGCUUUUAUUGGAAAAGCUUUCAGUCCUAUUUCCUGUGAUAUUUUUGGAUUUAGAUAGAUGUUUUUAUGAUAUUGAAAAUGGUCCCACCAGGCUGAUACGUUUCAUUAUAGUUUUACCAUCAGAGACUGGUACUUUGCUGAAAGCCUUUUCUUCAU